AUGUGUUUGUUGUGCCAAUUUUUCCCAGAUUGGCGGAAAGACACCGCCGAGUGUGCGAGUUCGCACCUCGGCGCGACUGGGAACUCGGCACGUGGCGAGUUCUCAGGCCUCCGGUGCCAACUGCUUGGGCCGGCCCAACUCGGCUGGGAAUCUGGCUCGGACCGCCUUUCUCUGUGUCGUAUAAAAGCCACGUUCCGCGUUCUCUUCUAACUCGGCUUCCGAAUGUCUCUUCUGACCCAGAUGCUGCUUCUCCUGAUUCUGCUCCCGACUGUCGCCGGUUUCUGGCUGACCGUCGAGCUGAAAGACGUACAAUGGCGCGAAGGCUGCAUCACGACGUCGCUCUGCUCCAAGCCGCACUUCCAGGUAACCGUCUACCUGUUUAUAGCGGUCCAUUUCCGGAUUCCAGGUCAACGAAGACCUCCUCUCGACCAGCGGCAAGCAAAUGUCCAACUGGCCUAUCACCGAGCAUUUCCUCAAGGUGAGUCUUUCUUUCUUUAUUUAUUUUUUCGUCACGCUUUUUGCUCUUUCCUAUUUAAAUUCUUCAUUUGGUUUGCAAAAAAAGUCUUUUCUUGAAGAAGUCUUUAAUUUUUAUUGCGUCUUAGAUUUUCUGAAUCCUAUUCAAUUCAUGAAAAUAUUGGUUGACGAAUAUUUCAUCCAGUACUUUUGUGGACUUGAGCUGCGAGUUUUCAGGAAUUGGUCCAUCCAGUGACGACUCACUGGCCUUCAGGACGCGUAGAAGACGUUUCUCUCUCUUGCCAAGUGAUGGGAAUCGACAGGACCUACGGGUUUCCUCGAAUCUGCGACCAGACGCCGUCGAUUCGCGUCUUUGCCGAGAAGCAGCGUCAAAUCGUUAGUGAUUUUCUUUUUCUUUCCGAACUAUUCUCACACUCAAUCUGCUCAAGUCAAUGCUUGUCUGUAGGGCGACUUUGGCGAAAAGGCGAUUUCUUCCCUGGAAGAGAACGGCGAGACGACGAUCGUGGUCAAGGGAAAGUGUUUCAACGCGACUCUCAGCGUCCAGAAGUUCGUGGAACGCUGUCCUUGGUGUCCAGAUCCCAACCAGGUCGCCAUCAUCGGCCAGGAGGUACUUUUCUUUCCUUCCCUUGGAUUUCCCUUUUCUUUUCGUUUCUCAUCUUCCUGUUUCAGCCUGUGGAGCAGUUCCCGACGCUGCAGAACUCGCUUCUGGAGUCCAUCAUCUCUGCCGACCAGCGGAUCGUCCAUCUCGGGGUCCUCGUCCUUGCCGUCGUCGCCGUUCUCUCUUCUGCCUGCUUCGCCUUCAUCCUCGUUCUGUACCUCCGUCAGAAACGGUCAGCUUCGUUUUUAAACUCUUCUAGAGACUGGAAAUCGCUUGUAAAGCUUCUGACUGUUAAAGGCUUGAGAAAAUUAGAAAACAUUCCUUUAGCUUAGUUUGGUGGCAUUUAUUCUCGAUUUUCUCUCAUUUUCCAUCUUGAACUUCUGUUCUUUUCAGAGUGAACCGUGAGAUUUCGGCCAAGCCUCGCUUCUUCCCUUACAUCACUGGAAAAGCUGCCGACGAGGAGAACAGGUAGAUCGUUCGAGUCCGGAAUUCCUUUCAAUCGCAACCUUUUCAGAUACGACAUGCCGUGGGACCAGACGCGUCCUCUCACUUACUGGCUCUCCAACAAGAGCGACUCCACCAUGACGUCCCCUCUCAACUCGGCUUCUUCCAUCGGCGCCGGCGACAUCGUCUGUCCGACCUUCCGACCUCAGACUCGCCUUUAUCAGCAGAUAACUCCCUCAUUACCGAUUUCUCGACAUGACGAUUCCGGUCUAGGUUCUGUUUGA